AUAAAAUGUACCCUCGGAUUGUGCCCUAGUUUAAGUGGUUUGAUCUACAAAUUGUUUGGAAUUUUACACACUAUUUCCACUCCCAUGCUCAGCUGUCGUCGUCCUGAUUUACAACAUAACUGAAAGACACCAUGCCCAUUCAGAAGUGCUUGAAGCAGUCGCUUGCAAGCAUACGACAAAAAACCAAGACCCUACCUAGCUGCGUACAGAAUUUGAAAGAGAAAAUUUGCAAAGUGUUGAUGAAACCCACCAGUUCCAAAGAUACUGCUCAAUCCGACUUGGAUUCCGGUUAUGGUGGUUCGGCAGAUACUCUUUGCGAGGCGUCAUACAGCCUACCCCCCUUCCAAUUUUCCGACACUCCAACCUUGGCGAGUGCCUACUUCAGCAGCACGGCACCAGCAGACGGCUCCGUACAAUUUCCUCGAUUUGGCGAGCCGGAGCGGGGGUCCACGCCCGUCACCUACUACUCCAGACGUCUCAUGCCCGUCACAUUUGACGAAAUCGUCGCCGCAAUGGUUAUAGAGACGGCCAGGCGUCAUCAACCGGAAAUCAUAUACGCCUCCCGAGAAGCCACCAGGCACGAAUCGUCAGCUGCCAUGAUAUGCUCCACCACUGAUGCCACACCCGAGCAUGAUGGGCAGCCAACUGAAGCGGACCUCUUGCUGGAAUCUAGACUAGCCGCUGCACAGCAAGCAUGUAUGCAGCUAGAAGAGGAAGCAAUCCGCAAUGGCAUGGUGGACUUUUCGCUCUCGGUGCUUGUGAAUCACGAGAGGCUGGACACCAUUGGUGAAGUUGUCCAAAGACAGCCAAAUAUCAAGAUUGGUAGCUAUCGUGGCCGCGAGAGGAGAUAUACGAGGAGCACGGGAAAUCUGGGCAUUGACGAAGAUUGCUAUGAAGACUUUGGCUCCUCCAUGUCGUCCGUCUUUUGUUACCCAGUCCGAUGAUUCAUGGCUGACUGCUGAUAUUUCUUCGUCCAUGAGAGUUGGGUUGCCGUCCUUGGUUUACGUAUUUUGGGUUGUAAAUAGGAGCAGCAUUCUUUGAGCGUGGGGCGCUUUUGGCUGCAACUGUACUCGGCUUUUUGGUCUAGUUGUCGCUUGGGGCGGGCCGCAUGUGUGGCGACGGAUGCUCUAGAGUCUUCAUGUUUUUCUCAUUAAGUUAUUGGUGUUGCUAAACUGUUAAAAUGCAUAUUCAUGGGGUUGCCCGCUUCCUUUCUCCAAUCUUUGUCGCCCGUCAACUGCACAAGUUGCUCACCGUGUUCCCG